GAGCCAAUACAUUCUAAUACUGUACGGAGCUCCUGCUCUGUACAGUAUUAGAACAAAGUUUUUUGCAAAUUGACUUCGGAUGUUUCAUCCAAAGUCGAUUCGAUCAUCCCUAAAUGGCACCUCUGGUAUGCUGUCUUGCUGAUGUCUCUCUCCUCAACUUUUGGCUAACAGCUGAAAGCUGGUACUUGUGGCUGUAGGUGUUCACUGUGUAAUGCAAAAAAAUAUAUAAACAUGCGGGUUAGUCAGCACAUCCCAACGUCCACUAUGUAAAGAGUUCACCUGGGCUGGAUGUGAUUUAAAGUGAUAGGUGUCUAUGCCAUUGUCCCUCACCUGCAGCAAAGUCUUUGAAGUCUCACUAGAGUAGUAUUCUCACAGAUGAGUUGGUUCUCUAGUCCCUAAGGCCCUUGCAAUAGCACAUGCUUCCUCACAGUCCUAGCUUAAGACGUCCCUCUCCUGGCAGGAAUUAGAACCAGCCCGCUCCUAACGCCACAUAUACAGUGUGACCAUGCCCUAAUACAGGUGUGUGCACGGAGACAAGUGUAAAUAAAGUUUAUUAUGUCACCAUCAUAACAACCUGCACAAUAAACUUGCAACAGAAAUAAGGUUGGAAACUUUAUUCCUAAAAUGUCAGGACUCUCCUCAUAAUAACAUCCCUCAGGUACACUUUCUGACAGGUGUGAUACUGAGAACAGCAACCCUUGCAGCCGACCGCACCACGUGACGCCGGGGCGGAGCCACAGAACACCCUCGAUGAGUCGGAUUCCCUCAGAUACUUAUCCCAGGUGCUGACGUCAUAUCCGGAGUGGCCAUUUUGCUAGUUAGGAUAACGGUUCGUGCGGGUCCGUGCUCCCGGAGCUGGCCGUGACCCGCCACUGCCAUGUCCGACUUCGAUAGCAAUCCGUUUGCGGACCCGGACCUCAACAAUCCGUUUAAGGAUCCUUCAGUCACACAGGUGACCAGAAAUGUGCCCCCUGGGUUAGAGGAGUACAAUCCCUUCUCCGAUUCCAAAACGCCACAACCAGCAAAAGUGAAAAUGCCGACCUCGGCUCCUAGCACCCAGCCGGCUAUAAUGAAGCCCACAGAGGAACCUCCUGCUUACUCACAGAUUGCAAAGGAACAUGCUAUAACCCAGGCUGAACUUCUGAAGCGCCAAGAAGAACUGGAAAGGAAAGCCGCAGAGUUAGACCGCAGGGAACGGGAGAUUCAGAGCCUGAACCAGCCAGGAGGAAGAAAGAACAAUUGGCCUCCCCUACCGUCAAAUUUUCCUGUUGGCCCCUGUUUUUACCAAGAUGUCUCAGUGGAUAUUCCUGUGGAAUUUCAGAAAACUGUAAAGAUUAUGUACUAUCUAUGGACGUUCCAUACAGUCACCCUGUUUGUAAAUAUCUUUGGUUGUCUGGCGUGGUUCUGCGUCGAUACAAGUCGAGGCGUUGACUUCGGAUUGGCCAUCCUGUGGUUCUUGCUUUUCACACCAUGCUCCUUUGUAUGCUGGUAUCGACCAUUGUAUGGAGCCUUCAGGAGUGACAGUUCCUUCAGGUUCUUUGUGUUCUUCUUUGUGUACAUCUGUCAGUUUGCAGUACACGUUCUGCAGGCUGCGGGCUUUAAAGGCUGGGGUAACUGCGGUUGGAUUUCUGCACUAACUGCGCUCAAUGAGAAUAUUCCUGUGGGGAUUAUGAUGAUCCUGAUAGCCGCCCUUUUCACAGCGUCUGCGGUAGUAUCACUAGCUAUGUUUAAAAAGGUGCAUGGACUGUACCGGACAACAGGUGCCAGCUUUGAGAAGGCCCAACAAGAGUUUGCCACAGGCGUGAUGUCGAACAAAACCGUGCAGACUGCUGCAGCCAAUGCAGCCUCUACAGCUGCCACUAGCGCUGCCCAGAAUGCUUUCAAGGGUAACCAGAUGUAAAGGCUCCCACCGAAGGCAACCAUUACCACUGUCAUCUCUCUUCAGUCAAGCUCUAUUCCUCCAGCCGUGUUUGCAACACCCACAAAAGUCUUUAAAUUGCACUUGCCAUGUGUAUCUGUUACAUAGAGCUCAUUCUGUGCCAGGAAUAAAAAGGCACAUCCUGGCACAUCAUGGGUCUGUUGGUUGUGCAUGGUGAAAAUAAUGAUGCUGUUACAGGAUCUCUUGUCCCAUUAUCCCAGCCCUUUCUUUCCUUGAGCUCAGAAUGCUCGGCCCCAACUCCUGUCUAAAUACCCGGUGGGUAACUGUAGUGUGAGUUUGGCGUAACUAGAUCGCAGUCGUCGUGAGGUUCUGAUUGCAGAAAGUAUUUGCUAUCUCUUAAUGCUCAAAGUGCACAUUUUUAUGUAUUUUAAGAUACACUUUUUUUUGUUGGUACUUAAUCUAUUUUAAUUAUAAAAAGGCAUAAAUUUCAUGUCUGUAGAAAGUGUUCACUCGGUUAUUAGAGAAGCCAAUGACAACUCUCCAUACCUGCACAGAAUAAGUAGUCAGUGUCUGAUUUUAUGUGCAUUUUAAGGAUAAAGCACAAAUUGUAUUUUAGUCUGAUAUAGUCCAUAGAUGUGUGAUAAAUGGCCGUUGUAACCCUUUAUUCCUGGGGUUCCAUGUAAUCAGAGUACCUCCACAGGAUGGCGGUAUACUUUUGGAUUGUCUGUGCUUGAAGCAAGACUUAGUGGUUUCUGUAAGGUCCACUGUGGCUGAAGAAAAGAAAGGGAAGUCGUAUCAGUGUUUGUGCUGGGUUUCUUCAUAGCCUUUGUUUUUGUGUGUUCGUGAUGUGUCUUUAAUCACUUCUGUUUUGCUGUUAUUUAAUGCAGUGCAUUGUUCUUUUGCUUGGAUUUUUAUUUAAUUUUAUGUAACUUCUAGAGGAAGUACUUUGAAGCAGUCUAACAGUAGCCAUGACUGUUUCUGAUUGUGUAGUUAAUGCAUUUACAGUCUGAACUACCCCUGAAAAUGUAAUGCUGGUAUCAAACUUUCUGUAUUCCAUCUGGCCAGCCUGUGCACACAGUUUUAACUGUAUUUUAUUUUCCUUUCAAUAAUAGAUUAUUAUUAUUUUUAAUCUAAGGUUUUAUCCUGCUUUAAAGGUAUGUACUAAUGAAUAACUUUCCUGACAUAAUAAUGAGGACCAGAGGGGCCCAAGGAUCAGCUUGAAGCUGACCAUAAAUUGAGGCUGCCCCAUACAGGCAGGUGGAUAGUUUACACACACACACACACACACACUAUUGCUGUGUACUUGCAUCAUGUGAGUAUACUGCAGUAGCCCUGUGAUCAGAUUGAGAUUAUCAUGAAUUGUUAUGAUGCAGUCGGUUCGGGUCAGGGGAGCCGCACUCAGCCCCGGAGAUGUGGCCGACACGUGCACUGUUUACCGGCCCACUUGUGGUCAUCUGCGUUAGCCAUUCAACUGUAGGCCAUCUGACAUCACGUUCAUUGGUCUCGUGGCCUAGGUGCAGCUCGGCUCCAUUCAAGUGAAUGGGUUUGGGAUGCAAUACCAAGCACAGCCACUAUCCAGUGUACAGCGCUGUGCUUGAUAAGCUGCUAGUCGGCCACGGCGCUCACAGGAGCACUGAGGCCUCCUCAAACAGCUGAUCGGUGGGGUUGUUGGACCCACACUGAUCUCAUAUUAUUAACGACCCAUCCUGAGGAUGUCAUCAGUUUGUAAAUCCAGGGGACCCCCUACAUUGUACUUGUAUUGUAAUUUACAUUAACUAUAUAUAGAACCCACAUGUUCCAGUAUGAAUUGGAUGUCUUACUAUAGGUGUCAUUUAGUUUUGUGCUCUCUGGGCCCUGAAACCUGUUAGUCCCUGCUCCAACCUUCUGUAUUAUAUAUGAGCAGUGGCAGAAAGCAAGAUGAGGAGCAUACAGUAUUGAUGAAGUGAUGAGCAUUUGCUCUGCUGAGCGCUCUUGUUUUGCAGUAAGGGCUGCACCUUGGCAUCCAUCUAUUAUAUCUGUAGCCUCCUCUGUAUGAUUAGGGGCUGAUGCCUGAUGUGUACAGGAUCACAAGAACCACUAGGUAAAGUCACCUCCUGAGCUGACCUCCCUACUAAUGUAUGUUCUUUGUGCUGUCCUGCAGGACGAAUGCAUUCUGACAUCCCAUAUCAUCAGUUUAAGAAUGUCCCGUUGUAGAAGUAGGCCUCACACACCGUGAAGUCAGGAUAGACCCUGUGAUGAUCCGUGCAUGAAAUGUUAUGAAGUUACGCUUUCUUUUCUUUCGCUUUAGUAACCACCACACAGAUGGUUGUAAGAUUUUUCUCAGUCAUUGCAAAAUCAUUAAUUGACUAUGCAAAGUAUGCGUACAAUGUAGGAUAAACUCUGCAUUGUAGGAUUAUUCCUGUGCAGCCGCAUGCUCUUCAUUACCAGCUUGAAUUUCAUUGAAAAAAAAGCUACACAAUUUAGUCUUGUCACUGCAUGAGUAAUAUUGGUAACAUUUGAUGGGCAUUGUUCUGUGUCACACUGACCUUCAGAAUCAUUAAAGGGAAGCCUACAGUAGGGCAAUGGGCUAGGGAAAAAUCCACCACACGAAAUUCCACUUAAAUUUGUAGCGAUCUGUGGGAUUCUUAAAGGGAUUAUCCCAUGACUGAUGUAAAAAAUGAAAAUCAGACAUCAUAUUAGACAUGACCAUCUCUUCCUAACGAAGCUAGAACCAGCCCUGUACCUCACAGGGAUCCAGAGAUCUCCCCAUUCAUUGCUCUAGGGGAGUUUCUCUUUGGCUACACUUCAGGGGGCGUGUCCAUGCUCUCCCUAUCACAGCUCAGGAGGCAGCUGAAAGCUGAAGGAUAAAACUGAGCAUGUGCGGCCAUCUCGGUGAGCAGGACAAAGAAAUAAGGAAAAGAACAAAGAGCA